CAUCACAAAGAUGGCGAAAUCAGCUGGUCGAAGUUAUACGAAAUUUAAAGAAAAAUGCUGGUGACUGCAGUGCCAAUGGAUGGAGUGAUCUGUCCUCGGUUGAUGGGCUGGUGUUUACAUGUGUUUCUGCAUUUGCGCACCACGUUUAUGCUGUUUUCCUUCUAUAUUUUUACCUUGCUUGUCUUGUCUCCCGCUUUGCAUCAAAGGUCUGCUCCCGUAUCGACCCUGAGAAGGACGAGUGCUGCAGAGCUCAUGGAUACCGCGGCCACAGCAGUUGUUACUACGGUAGAAUGGAGUGUUACUGAUCUUUGAACUACAGAGGGAUUCAUCAAUAGCUCAUCUUAUAAAGGUAUCAAAGACUGGCUAUUUUAAUAGUGGUUUCUUCCGUCUAAAGCUGUGAUGUGAAUUCUGUAUCGUAUUUGAGUCUGUACCGGCUGACCCUUGACUGUAUUUACUUUUCCGAUUAAAUGUAUUAUUGUGUGUAU